AGUGAACGCGCUUGAGGGGCUGCGGUCCCAUUGACGGUUCCGUCUCCCUGACAGCAGCAUCAGCAUCAGCAUCAGCGGCGGCGCUGCAAAACAAGAAGAGUCCGCCUCGCCCCGCAGACACACGGCCAGCCGGCCCACCGGACCUAGCGGAGACCCGAGCCGCCUUCAGGGGACCCCCCCUCUCUGCCCGGCCUGAAGGAAGGCAGCGAGAUCCUCCUCCUCCCGUGUGCCAGCAUCCCGACCGAACGCCGGAGAGAUGGGCUCCCCGUGAAACGGAGGUGGUGGAGGGGAGAGGCGGGCGGGCGGGCGGUGGGAGGGGGGUGGGGGGAGAAGACAGCGGAGCAGCAAGAGGGAGAAGGAGAGGCUGAAAACCGGGAAUCACAGCGCUAUACCACCGCCACCACCACCGUCACCGCUGCCACUACUACUACCGGAGCUAGCCCCGACUCUGCUGCUGCCGCCGCCGCCCUGGGUGCCCCCCACCACCGCCAUGGGAACUCCGCAUCAGUCGCUCCAACCGCCGCUUCAUCCGUGGGCCAUGUCGUGAUCCGUGGGCUCCGCCAGCGGGUUUUCUAUCCGUGAUCCCGACCGAGGCGAAGAGGAGGAAGAGGAGGGAGGAGGAGGAAGCAGGGAUAGAAGGUGGUGGUGGUGGGGAAGAUGUUCGCCUCGGUGGGCCCUCGGGGCGGCCCGCGCCCACCCGUCGCCCCGGCCAUCCCGGAGCCGGACCUCAGCCAUCUGACAGAGGAUGAGAGGAAGAUCAUCAUGGCUGUGCUGGCUCGGCAGCGGGAGGAGGAGGCGAAGGAGGAGGCCAUGUUAAAAGAGGAGAAGCCCAUCCAAGCAAGAACGGUGAACCUGGUUGGGCAGAAGAAACCUCCGCAGCAAAACGACGUCCGAGGUAUCCAGCAGCAGUUGUCAAGCUACAGGGAGACGGUGAUCCGGCAGGCCUCGGUGGCGGCGAGCUCGGCCGUUCACCGGGACGACGCGCCAACCUGCGGCAUCUGCCACAAGACCAAGUUUGCAGAUGGCUGCGGGAACCUGUGCUCGUACUGCAAGACCAAGUUCUGCGCCCGCUGUGGGGGGAGAGUCUCUCUGCGGUCCAACACGGAGGACAAAGUGGUGAUCUGGGUGUGCAAUAACUGCCGGAAGCAGCAGGACAUCCUGACCAAACCGGGCGAGUGGUUCACCGGUCCGGCUGGGAAACCCGCUGGCCUCGGUUCAGCCAUCAGCGAGCCGUCUGUGUGCCAAACUCCAGGUGACAAGAAGCUCCGGUCUCGCUCCCAAGCACCUCCGGGAUCCACCACCUCAAUCCAGGACCCCAACCGACCCGGUCAACCCGGGGCCGCACCUGGCACGGAUCCAAGGUCACGUAGCGAACCGCCAAGAGACACGAGAAAUGGAAAGGGUGUUGGAGGAGCUGGUCGAGGAGAGCGUCGCCCUGGUCAGAGACUGCAGACCCAGGUCUCCAUGGAUCGGGACCUCCGGGGGGAGUCCAGGGAGCGCAGGGAAGGCAGGAGGCUGUCAAAGGGACGUUCUCUGGAGCACGAUCCUGUGGGAGGAGUUGUUGGAGGAAGACGGACAGAAGAGGGGGGCUACCACCACAUGGACCACAGUGGUGCCCCCCCUCGCCAAGCAGGGCCGGUCCCUCCUGGAGGCCGGGGUCACCUUGUUCCUGCGCAGGGUCGGGGCAUGGGUGUAGUAGGGGAGGUCGGGGAUGGCGUGCGGCCUGGUCAGAGGACGGUGGGUGGGGUUGGCGGGCCACAUGAACACACCCUUGCUCAGCAGGCCCCUCCCCCUGAACUCAGAGAGCCCCCUGGUACAGGGCCUGGUUUAGCCCCCGGCCAGGGACCUGUGAGACGGACCAAACGGGAGAAGGCUGAGAGCAUGCUGCGCAACGAUUCACUGAGCUCUGACCAAUCAGAAUCGCUGCGUCCGCCGCCACCAAGACCCUACAAGUCAAAGCGUGGUCUGGGGGCCGGGGGGAAGAGGCAGACCAGCGUCAGCAGCUCAGAGGAGGAGGGGGGGACCACGCCCGAGUACAGCAGCUGCGAGGAUGCCGAGAUCGAAAGUGUCAGCGAGAGAGGCGACUGGGAGUGCUACCCACAUGACCCCACUGUAUGGCAUCAUCCUGUAACCUGGCAGCCAUCCAAGGAGGGAGACCAUCUCUUAGGAAGAAUCACCCUGAGCAAGAGGAGUAACACCAUGCCUAAAGAGGCCGGAGCUCUGCUGGGGUUAAAGGUGGUGGGAGGCAGAAUCACAGAGUCAGGGAGAUUAGGUGCCUUCAUCACUAAAGUCAAGAAGGGAAGUCUGGCUGACGUGGUGGGACAUCUCAGAGCAGGGGAUGAAGUCUUGCAGUGGAAUGGGAAGCUGCUACCCGGUGCAACAAUGAAGGAAGUUUACAACAUCAUCCUGGAGUCUCAAGCUGAGCCCCAAGUGGAGCUGGUGGUAUCCAGACCUAUUGGUGAUAUCCCAAGAAUCCCAGACACGUCCCACCCUCCAUUAGAAUCUACAGGUUCCAGUUCUUUUGAAUCCCAGAAGAUGGAGAGACCAUCCUUAAAUGUCCUGUCUCCCUCCAGUCCCGGGAUGCUCCAAGACGCUCCACAGUUGAUGCCAGGGCAGCUCUCAGUGAAGCUGUGGUAUGACAAAGUGGGUCAUCAGCUCAUCAUCAACGUGCUGCAGGCUGUGGAUCUCUCUCUUCGCCCUGAUGGACGGCCCAGGAGCCCUUAUGUCAAAAUGUACUUCCUCCCCGACCGCAGUGAUAAGAGUAAACGAAGAACAAAAGCAGUGAAGAAAACCUGCGAGCCGAAGUGGAACCAAACGUUCGUCUACAGUCACGUCCAUCGGAGGGAUUUCCGCAACCACAUGCUGGAGAUGACUAUAUGGGACCAACCCCGGUCACCAGAGGAGGACAGCAUCUUUAUGGGAGAGAUCCUAAUAGAACUGGAGACGGCCUUACUGGAUGACAAGCCUCACUGGUAUCCACUCCAAACCCAUGAUGUCUCAUCCAUACCGCUGCCCCGCGCCUCCCCGUACCUGCCCCGACGAAACACAGACACCCCCGGCAAGAAGCUGCAGCGUUCUCAGCGUGUAACAGAGCCUGAGUUUGAUGAGGGUACAGCAGUAAUGUCUAAAGCAGCAGAUGGGCGAGGCAGGGAGAGGCAGCGGGAGCCCUCGUCUACCCUGGAGGUGCCGGACCAGCAGAGGACACCCGCCCAUCACAUACGUUCCCGCUCGGUGUCCCCGCACCGUGAGGAGCAGGGCAGAAUCAGGUCACGGCCGGCCAAUGUUCCAGCGCAGAGGAGUCUGGACGACGAGCUUUCUUACACUCGCCGUUCUCGUUCUCCGACCCGCUACCAUGAUGCUGCCCGAGGUCGCAACCAGGACGACUACCUGGAUGACAGUGAGGUCAUCAUGAUCCACCAAUCAAUGCGAGGCAAAAGUGCUGAGUGCCUCCACACCAGGAGACGUGUUAAGCUUAAUACCACACUGCCACCUAAGAUGCCACUUUUGUUCAACGGUAUCCACAAACACAAAAAGAGUUCCAAGCUGCCUGCAUGUCGAAAGAUAAGCUCUUCUGUUGGAUCUCACACGGUCACGGCGACGCGCUCCUCCAUCACACACCGCGUUGUAAUGUUCACAGAUGAGGUGACGGUUAGUGAUCUGCAGCCUUCUUUGGACAGGGUUAGGAGCGCUAGCACCAACUGUCUGACCCCAGACAAUCAUGCCCCCUCACCAGAGACUGACAGAAAAACUUUGUCCCAUUCCCUGCCCCGGAGACGUCCUGCGAGUCCCAGGAUUCUUAUCCAACAUGCUUCCCCUGAAGACGACAGAAUAUGGAUGCUGCUUCCCACUCAAGAGACUUUAAUUCACCUCAGUACAAAGAAGAGGCAGCCUCGGACCCUGGAAACACCUGAAAGUCAGAGUCAUGGCAGGAAGCUGUCUAACAGCAGCAGGGGCCACCUCCAAGGUGGUUCGUCUCUUUCCUCCUCAGUGACGUCCUCCUCAGCCCGCAGAGUACGACAACUCCCACAGCUUCCCCCUCAGAGCAGCACCGCAGAACAAGCCCUGGUAGCAGAGGAGUGUGUCCGUCAGCUCCAGAUGAGGGUUCAUUCCAAUUGGGUAUCAGCUGCCUCCACCUCCAGCCAACAGGAUCUGGACCGAGCCCUGAAGAACAAACGGGAGCUCUAUAAGGACGAGAGGCGGAGCAGCGAAAAUGUUUCCCAUAAGUCCUCAGACAGUGAUGUCAGCGAUGUGUCAGCCAUCUCUCGAACCAGCAGUGCCUCUCGCAUCAGUAGCACCAGCUACAUGUCCAUCCAGUCAGAGAGACCCCGGGGACGCUUCAGCAGGGCCAUGCGUGCAACAGGCCGCCACAUGAUGAAGAGCACCAGCGUGAGCGGCGAGAUCUACGGCAUGGAUCACGCCGAUGGUAGCCAAUCAGACACGGCCCUCGGUAGCCUUGGAAGCGGGAUCAAGAAGCGGCGCUCAAGCCUCAGCCAACGUGUUGUAGCCAUCCUUCCAUCCAGACGCAGCCGGAGUACCUCGCAACUCAGCCAGACAGAGGCGGCGGGUAAGGCGACGGACAGACAGAAAGAGACAACAACGGGAAAGAAGGGUAAGGCCGGCAGCAGCAGCAUCCAGAGGAGCGUGGAGACGGGUAUGGCCGUGGAGUAUCCACGUGGAGGGUCAGGCAUGAACCGACAGGCGAGCAGAGAGUCGACCGACGGCAGCAUGAACAGCUACAGCUCUGAGGGGAACUUGAUCUUCUCAGGUAUGCGGCUGGGUGCCGACAGUCAGUUCAGUGACUUCCUUGAUGGUUUAGGACCCGGGCAGCUGGUUGGCAGACAAACUCUGGCAACACCUGCGAUGGGCGAUGUCCAGAUCGGCUUGAUGGAUAAGAAAGGCCAGAUGGAGGUGGAGGUGAUCAGGGCACGAGGCCUUACCCCCAAACCAGGCUCCAAAUCCCUCCCAGCCCCCUAUGUCAAGGUGUACCUGCUGGAUAAUGGAACAUGUAAAGCCAAAAAGAAAACCAAGAUUGCACGAAAGACUCUGGAGCCGCUAUACCAGCAGCACCUGCUGUUUGACGAGAGUCCCCAGGGCAAGGUGCUUCAGGUGAUAGUUUGGGGCGACUACGGACGUUUGGACCACAAAUGUUUCAUGGGUGUAGCACAGAUUCUAUUGGAGGACUUGGACCUCUCGAGCACGGUGAUUGGCUGGUACAAACUGUUUCCACCAUCCUCAUUGGUGGACCCUACAUUAGCUCCGCUCACGCGGCUGGCGUCUCAGACGUCAUUGGACAGCUCAGGACCGCCACCGGGCGUCCGGUCCUAGUGACCGUAUGGCGACCACAACCCCCACCCCAAAUAUCCCUUCAAUGACAAAAUAAUGGACCACAGCUUCUGGACCAGAACUGAGCAGAGGGCGAGAACACGUCCUGAGGACGACGACGGGAAGCCCUCUGUCAACCAGUGAUAAGCAAGACGGAGCGACAGGGAACGAGAGGGAGAAAGAGAGAGAGGGAGAGACAGAACUAGCCAAUCAAAGCUUAGCUGGAGUCUGACAAUCACGUCUCACACCUUCCCUCUUCCUCCUCUGAAUGCCUCUUGAAUUUUACAAACUUUGCUUUCUUUGUGUUUCUUCUCUGAGCUGCAGCAGGAGACGAUUCUGUCCACCGUUCUCCACCUUCCUCUACUGCUUCUCUGUCUUUCUUUUCUCCUUUCUUUCCUGCAGCCCCUUUUAGAGCACCUGAUCAAAGUGGAGUCCUCCACCUAGUAGCCCUCCAGCCAAUCAGAGCAGAGGAAUAAGUGGUGAUAAAAUGUGAGUUAGGUAGUAUCAAAGGCAGCGUGCUGUACCAUCCUUUAAGAGUUGGCUGUUGACACUGUCGUCAUAAACGAGCAGCCGGGGCAGCGGUUUGGCACGGUUUGGUGACCUGUGUAGUGGAGAGAGCCUGCACGUGCACGUGCACAUUGUUAGCCUUGUUGUGAUUAAUGAAAGCAAGCACAAGAGAAGCUUGACUCGUAGACAGAGGCAAACUCAGUUUUGCUUUUUGUCCUAUCAAAGAGAAGAGAAAAGAGGCCGACCACGAUUUGUUUUGAUUUGAUUUGCUUUCUUUCUUUCUGUCUUUGUUUCGCUCAGAGUUCAGAUGGGUACCUUAAGGUGCAGACUCCCUCUGUGUAUGUGUUUGUUCAGUUUUCGAGCGAUGUUGCGCCAAAGGCCGACCAUUAAGGUCCGGUCAGAUUCGCCCGAACAUCCUUAGCCCAACCCUCACCCCCAUCCCUGGUCUCCUCUUCCUCACCCCUCAAACUCCCCAGUAGGAGGGAGCAGCAUGACUCGGGGAUGCCCCGGAUCGGCCCCCAAGCUGCAUGCACGUUUCUUUUGUUCUGUUUGUUUCGUUUUUUGUUUUGUUCUCUACUUUUGUAAAAUAGAAGACGAGACAAAUUAACGAACAAUUCUCAAAAAAACAUAAACAGAAAAAAAGUCUAGACUAUGUGUGUUAGUUCCACAUACUUUUAGGCCAGCUUGUAUGUUGCAUGUUCUUGUACAGUUUGCUCGUACUGAAUAUGAAUACAAACAGAGAAAAGCCAAGCCAUCCCCGCCCCCUUACAGGAGCGGACCAAUAGGGGGGGACAACUCCACCCAGGCCACGCCUAUCACUCUGGGUCUAAAUAUACAUAUUAGGAAGUCUCCGGAAAAAGAAACAAACGUCUUUAUUUCAGAUUCUUUUGAUCCCUUUGAACAACAGUGCUGUUCUGUAGUACUGAGCAUACUCCAGCCCCUGACGUAUCUGCGGGUGUAGGUGUCUAAACUGUAGUUUAACACAGUCGGGGCUAGAGACAGAGAUAGAGAAUGUGUGUAUAACAGCUAAAUGUAUAUGAAGUAUCAUUAUGAGUUUGACAGAAAUUAUAAAGAUAUAGAUAUAUGAAUAUAAAAAGAGUGUAUCUGACUGUACACCCGUCACCAACACACACACACGCACAGCUUGUACAUACAAACCAGGAUGAGAGGCUUGAACUUACGUAAUGAACAAACAAAACAUUGCUGACUGACACACAAACAUUCCUGGUCUCGUUGAAGGGAAUUUGCGUCCUGUGGAUGUGCUCGAGCCGCUGAGCGGCCCUGAGCCACAAGGGGGCGCUAAAAGGCCUUUAUUUUUGUCCUGAUUGCAGAAAAACAAGUAGAACCAAUUGGAACAAAGUUUACUUUCUCCUCCUUAAGUCCCCUCCCCCCUCUUUAUGAGUAUAUUGGUUUGGACUGGACUUCUAAAGCCAAUAAGAAAUCUAAUUUUGCAGACAUAUUUUGCGGAUGUUUCUGUUGAAACCCUUGGCGGUGUGGCCGACUGCCCUUUCCUUUGUCAGUAUUACUCCAGGAAUACUGAUUGUUUACAGCCCAUGGCUCCCCACUCCUAAACCACAAUUUUAGACGAAAGACUAAGUAUUCACUGCAACAGUUCUUGUUUGUAUAACAGAUGUGGCUCUACUGAUGUGUAUGUUUUAUAUUCAAGAGUUCAUUUUUAUUAUUUACAAAUAAAAGACUGUGUGGAAGAAGA